GCUUUGCUUUGCUUUGCCUUGCGUUGUGUUGUUGAGUUCAGUUCACUUCAGUUCAGUUGAUUUUCGUUCAGCGCCAGCCAGCCAGCCAGGCCAGUCAGUAUACAGUUGAAAUUUCUUCUUGUUAACCAGUAGUACUAUUGCUUCUAUACUAGCAGCUAUACACUGGCCCAGGUCUUCUUGCAUCUGUUGUGACUGUUGUGUGUUUUGCACAGUCUUCUUCAAUUUCAUCCUAAGGUGUGCGUCUGUGUGUGUGUGUGUUCGCGUUGGUUGUAUCACAAAAAUAUUUUGUUAUUUGCAAAAAUUGUUCUACUACUAGUAGUGACUAGUGUGACGACGAAAACAACCACGACCAACAAUUUCAUAUUCUUCGGGGGUACCACCAGAAGAAGAAUUGUUCCCAAAGAAGCCAAGCAACAGAGAGCCAGGAAAAUCCAAAACAUAUUGUUGCUAAAGCAUCCCCAAUUAUAGGGUCGUCAAGAAAACUCCUUUCGUUUAGUACUUGAAUUAAACAGAAAAAAACAACAAAAAUGGCUGGUGAACGUCCAAAACGCCCCUUGUCCGGCUAUAUGCUGUGGCUCAAUGAACAUCGUGAACAAAUCAAAAAGGAAAAUCCCGGCAGCAAAGUUACAGAAAUCGCCAAAAAGGGCGGUGAAAUGUGGAGAGCUAUUAAGGAUAAGAGUGAAUGGGAACAAAAAGCGCUAAAAAUGAAAGAAGAAUACAACAAGGCCGUUAAGGAAUACGAAGCCAAUGGUGGCACUGAUACCGGCGCAGGCAAGAAACGCAAGAGCAAGGCUGCCAAGGCUCCAGUAAAGAAGGCCAAGAAGAAAGAUACCUCGGAAGAAGAGGAAGAAGAAGAAAGCGAGUAAAUUAAUUGGCAACGGAAUAUAACCUGCAUACAAAUUUCAAAACAUACAUUUUAAAUAAAACAAAAAACAAAUUAUAUAUGUUUAACUUACAAAUAUAAGUUUUAAACAUUUUAUAAAUGUAAGCUUAAAGUGGCAUAUAUUUACAAAGAAAAAUAAUAUUACAAAAAAAACGGAAAUUUUUUCAAUAUAUUUAGAUUUAUAUAUAUAUGUGUACAUACAUAUAUGUAUGCAAAAUUGCAAUAAGAAUAGAAAAUUAAAAGAUUAAUACUGUUUUCUUUUCUAUUUUUUAUAUAUAUAUUUUAAACAAAUUCUCUAUGCAAUUUUUUGUAGUAGUAUUCUUUCAUAAUUAUUUUUAAGGUUAGUUUUUAUGUGUAUGUACACCAUGUUUUGUAAAUUGAAGUAAUUAUUUUAUGAAAAUAAUUAUAAGUUUUACUAGAUUUCCCAAUUGUAUGUAUGUGUUGGGGUAUAUUACAUCAAUACAUGUGUUUUUCAUUACAGAAAAGAAUUUAACUUUUUUGUUAAUUAAAUGGCAAGAUAUUUGAUAAAACCACCUGGCCACACCUCAAAUUAUAAGAUCUAAAGCAUCAAAUCAACCAUUUUCUUUUGUUGAUCUUGUUGCUUAGCGCACCAGUGUGUGACCUGGUUUGUAAUCUAAUGUCUAGUGACCAUUGGAACUUUUGGAAAGCUACAAUUUUAAACCAAAAACUGCAUACAUACAAAUUU